AUGACAACACAUUUCAGGAGCGGACCAGCCUUCGGUCUUUCUGCCGAGGUCAAGAGUAAGCUGGCAGGGAAGUAUGACGCCCAGAAGGAAGAGGAGCUGAGAAUGUGGAUUGAGGAUGUGACGGGCAAAAGGAUGGGAGACGGAUUCAUGGACAGUCUGAAGGAUGGAGUCCUGUUGUGCGAACUCAUUAAUGUGCUGCAUCCAGGAUCUGUGAGAAAGAUCAGCAAAUCCACUCAAAACUGGCACCAGCUGGAAAACAUAGGGAAUUUUGUCCGUGCAAUCACAGAGUACGGCCUGAGGCCAGAUGACAUCUUUGAGGCCAACGAUCUGUUUGAGAAUGUCAACUACACUCAGGUCCAGUGCACACUCCUCGCUCUGACUGGAAUGGCCAAGUCCAAAGGUUUCCACUCCAAGUACGACUUAGGAGUGAAGUACGCGGAGAAGCAGCAGCGCCGCUUCGCUCCAGAGAAGCUGAAGGAGGGACGUAACAUCAUAGGCCUGCAGAUGGGCACCAACAAGCUUGCCAGCCAAAAGGGCAUGACCUCUUACGGCACACGACGCCAUCUGUAUGACUCCAAGAUGGCCAUGGAAAACCCCCUGGACCAGUCUACUAUCAGCCUACAGAUGGGCACCAACAAGGGAGCCAGCCAGGCUGGCAUGACAGCCCCGGGAACUAGGAGGCACAUCUUUGACAAGAAGCUGGAGCUGGAGAACUGUGACAGCACCACCAUCUCUCUGCAGAUGGGAACCAACAAAGUGGCCUCCCAGCAGGGCAUGACCUCCUACGGCCUUCCCCGCCAGGUCUACGACAACAAGUACUGCGUCAACCCCACCGAGGCCUACGACAACGGGAGUGAGGAGUUUGAUGGCUACCAGCACUCUGACUAAGAAAACCACAGACGGCCUCACCCCCACCUCCCUCCUCUUUGCUUACCUUCAGACCAAACACAACUUUGUCUUUGUGUCGAGCAAACCUUCCAGACUGUUAUUUAACACUGAUUGACGUCAUCUUCAUUCCCCAUCUUUUUCUAAACCUUUUACUCUUAGGAAUGGAUUUAUCUUUCCAUGAGUAAAAGAAGAAAAGUAGUGUUUGCACUGACCUUACGUCAAAGAUUUCAUACAGUGGCCAACCUCUGUAUCUCGUUGCUCUGAUGAAUUUUAAUACCGCUAAAAACACCAAAGCAACACUCAGAUAUAAUGACCUUUGCUAUUUAUAGAUUUUUUUGCUACCGCUUUUUAUACUUGCAGUGUAAUUUUCGAUUUUUAACUGUCUUCCCUACAAUCCAGUUGGAGCACUGUCAAAGCAGAAUUUAAAGCUCCUUGAAAGGAAACAAGUGACCAAGUUGGUGCUAUUGAACUUUGACCUUGUUGGAACCGAGUCCACGUCCGUAUUGGAGCUCCGCAGGCUCUAGGAUCACCCCUCCUCGGGAUGACACAGAGGUUCCGGGUCCACAGACUGACCGGGGCCCGGCGAUGCAGGAGGACUCGUAGCUUUGUGCGGACAUUGCUUUGUUUUGUGAGCACCUGCGCUGUCAUGUUCACAAUAGCCUGCCAAAUUACCCAUCACGCCAUUUUUACAGGGCUAAUUUACAUGGUUUUGUGUUCUUUGGUAUUUAAGGAAGUAUUUAGAAACAGUAAAAGGGGUCUGUCAGACAAUGUUUUGUAAAGUAAAAGCAAAUGUGUUGUGAUAUUUAGUUUGAAGUUAGGGUAACUUAGUCACCAGUAGUUUUUGUCCUGUCGUUUCUUCGAUCCCUUUUGGAAACGUCUUGUAUUUAUGCCUCAGUGAACUUUGCUGUUGCUCGGUUUGGGCUUUACCUGUCUUCACCUUGUGUGCAGUACGCAGUGGUGGAAUUUAACUCAGUACAUUUGCUCAGAGAUUGUACUUAGGGACACAUUUGAGGUACUUUACUUGAGUAUUUCCAUUUGAUGCCACUUUAUACUUCUACAGAUGCAGAUGCUUAUAUUGUACUUCUUACUCUACUAGUUAGUCAGUUAUAGUUACUUUCCAAAAAAAACAUAACCUCAAGGUAAUAACAUUUAACAAAUGAGGUUAUAGGGAAUAUUAUUAUAUUAUAUUGUUAUUGAGCAUGGAGUAGUUUUACAUACUUCUACCUCAGCAUCAUUUCAAAUUCAGGACGUUUACUUGUAAUGGGGUAUUUCUCCAUGUGGUAUUGCUACUUUUACUCAAGUAAAGUAUCUGAGUAAUUCAUUCACCACUGUCAGUAAAUGGCAAAAUCAAAGUAGAUCCAUGUGUGUGUGUGUGUGUGUAGUCCCCGAUUAUAUUAAGUGAAUCAUGCCAAAUAUACAGAUGAGAUUCUCGUCAUACUGUAAACCCACCGAAUUUAUUGAAUGUAAUGUUAUUGGAAGGUUGGACACGAGCUGUUACGGGAUUCAUUUUCAAUAUUAAAAGGCAUAAAUGUGCAUUUACAAAGCUACAGAAGCCCCGGCGGUCUAGUGUUACACAUCAGAGCAUUUGUUGGUGUAACAUUCUGAUUUAUUGGCUUUGAAUUACUGUCAGAAUUAGCUGUUAAUAAGCUUCAUGUUUGCUGAAUGGACAAAUAUAUUGGAGCUUUGAAUUGUUCAUCAUUCAGCAACAGAAAACAUCACAGGCAUGACUAAGGACAUGUAGCAGUGUGCCAUCUAGUGGGGGAAAGCACAUGUACACUUACUGUAUUUUCAGUCCAUCAACGUCUAAACAUUCCCUUUGUUCAUUCGAGUGUCAGAAUGCAGUUUUUAGCUCCGUGUGAUAUCAAAAAUUAUUCAAACUAUUCACUUUUUCCUAACAUUGAUUUUUUUUUUUUUAUGAGUUUCACUAAACAUGACAUUUGUGCAAUAAAAAACACUUGAAAAAUACG